CACAGUCGAGGUACCAGCCCAGGUUGGGUAUAAGUGCCCAUCAUAGUAUAAGUCUUGCCAGUAGCGCUCUGACCAUAAGCAAGCACGCAAGCUGAACAUCCUCUUGAGACACUGCGGAUCACAUCCUGUCCGAUUGUCUCGAAUAUCUGUAAGUAAAUAUCUAAAGGCAACCUUAACUCUAAGAGUUCUCUUUCAACAAACCUAAAGUGAAAAGGAGCAUCAAUGUCAGCGGAUGUUGGCACGGAGACUUACAAGGUCUCUGUGGAGCACAAUAAGUAUGGAAACGAGAUAUUUAGCUACAGAACCUGUGAAACCUCAAGCUGAGGAGAAAGACAAAGAUGGAGUUGAUCCAAUUCAGGCGGAAUACUUAGAUAAAGACAUGUGCCUUCUAGUAGAUGAAAAGGACAAUUUCAUUGGUACUGCUAGUAAGAGAGACUGUCAUAGAGUAGCCCCAGAUGGCAGUGUAUUGCUCCACAGAGCAUUUAGUGUUUUUCUUUUCAACAAAAGAGGAGAUAUGCUGCUGCAAAGAAGAUCAAGUCAAAAGGUAACAUAUCCAGAUUACUAUUCAAAUGCGUGCUGCAGUCAUCCAUUAUACAUUGAUAACAAACCAGAAGACAUAAUCACAGCUGCGCGCCGGAAACUCAAUCAUGAAUUGGGUAUACCUUUAGAGCAGAUGGAUCCAGAUUUGUUCACAUUCUUAACUCGUAUCCACUACCACGACCCUGGUGAUGGUGUCUGGGGCGAACACGAAAUCGACUAUGUGUUGUUCUUCCAGAAUGAUGUGAAAAUUAAACCCAAUCCUGAUGAAAUUUCCGAAUAUUGUUUCAUACCCAAGAAUGAAUUCAAUGCAUUUAUACCAACUUUAGAGGGCCCAAUUACUCCAUGGUUCAAUAUGAUUCGUCGACAUAGACUCAAACUAUGGUGGAAUAACCUUCAUCGCUUGAAAGAACUGUCUGAACCAGAAAAAAUACAUAAAUUCAUGGAUGAUAAAUAGAUUUUUAUAAUUUCCCAAUAUAAUUAGCCCACUCAAUAUUUUAUGUAUUAAUUUAGUUCUGAUUAUAUCUUAUUUAAAAAAAGUAUGCAUUUCAAACUUACCUUUACCUGUAUGAAAUAUAAGUAUCUCCAUUCAAGUAUUAACAAUACACCAAAUAUGGCAUUUUCAAUUGUACAUUUAUCCUUAGACUCACUAUUAUAUUAUUAGAAAGUUUUGCAUUGGUUUGCAUUAAUAACUUAUGAUUUUUAUGUAUAAUAAGAAACGCUAUUUAAAUAUUUAUUUCUUAUUAUCUGAUCCAUUGUUACUUUGUAUGUUAAUAGUUGUAGAUAAUUUACAUUGUAUUAUACAACAGGUGCUUCAAUAAGUGUAAUAAUAUUCCUAUUUAAUUAUAACUUUGUUUCACUUAUAAAUUAUUUGAUA